UCAUUCAUCUUUAGAGCUAGCACCAAGGUCAUUCCCCUUACAACUGCAUCAAACUCAGCCUGCAGAAUGGGUCAUUCUGCCUUUCAACCUCCAGCAUCAUCUUGCUCACUCCCGUCGCAGGCAACUUUACUGCCCCACUUCUGUGUGGCGAGAUUGGCACAUCACUUAUUAUAAGCCACAACCAGGCACUCCCCGUACCCAGGGAAGUGGCCCACCAGCUUAUCUUAUCAGCAGGUCAUCCACCAAGUUGUCCCGCAUACACUCCAGUGUACCUCACUCCCCUUUAAACACUCAGGCCCAGCACCUGUACACCAGGAAGACAAUGUGGGGGCUUGCACACCAGCCUGUACUUCUUUAGAUGUUGCUUCAUGUGCCUCUGGGUUCUGCUGCAGCCUUUCAAUACCACCUGCAUCGCCAGUGGGGCUAUGUUCAGGCAAAACCUUAAGCAGGUCAGUCAGUACCACCAGCCCUCAGACACAACCAUCUGUUACGACUGUCCAACAGUUUAUCAGAGGGUCGAAUGAAGUCUGAUUCCUUCAUAAUUGAUG